AGAUUUCCAUCACACAUCUUUAAAAUAAAACUUAAAACAUUUAUCUUCGCUUCAGCCUUUAACUAUAGAUCUUGCACUCUUAUAUGUUUCUUAAAAACUGGUUUCUUCUUAUUGUAAUUAAAUUGUUUACAUGUGCACUUGCAGCUGCAUUCCUUGGGUUCAUGAUAUGAGUUUGGGUUAGGUCUCGAUAUGAGGAAGUGUGAGUCCUGGACCUCUGUGUUCGGGAUCGCAGAGAAAGACGCUCCGGUUCCCCCCUUGCGCUCGGAGCUCGUUCUUGCGCGUCAUGGCGGCUCAGACCCGAGCUGUGGUGUCCGGCCAGUGGCUGGCAGAGGCCGUCCGGUGCAACCUCGUCGGUCCCAAGCUCCGCAUCCUGGACACGUCUUGGCAUUUGCCCGAACUGAAGCGGGACGCGAAGGCUGAGUUCGCGCAGAGGCACAUUCCGGGCUCCUUGUUUUUUGACAUAGACGAGUGCAGCGACCGGAGUGCUGCGUUCGAUCUCAUGCUGCCGACCUCCAGCCACUUCUCCCGCUAUGUGGGCGACCUGGGCAUCGGCAGCGACACGCACGUAGUCGUGUACGACACCAGCGAAUACGGGUCACACAUCGCGCCCCGGGUGUGGUGGAUGUUCCGGAUGUUCGGACACAGCCUGGUGUCGGUGCUGGACGGCGGCUGGAAGAACUGGCUGGGGGACGGUCACCCGGUCACAGCGGAGAGCUGCGUCCCGGAGCGCACGGAGUUCAGGGCCGCUGCCAAUCUGUCCUGGGUGAAGAGCUUCGAGGAGGUGCUGGAGAACGUGGGCACCAGGCGGGUCCAGGUGGUGGACGCCCGGCCUAUAGGCAGGUUCAGGGGCACUGAGCCGGAGUUCAGGGAAGAUACGCUGCCCGGCCAUUUCCCUGGUGCGAUCAACAUGCCCUUCACUACCUUCAUGGACGCCGGUGGGAAGGAGCUGGAAACCGAGGGCCUGUCCAAAGUGUUCAGAGAGGCAGGGGUGGACCUGGAGCAACCGCUGUGGUCCACCUGUAGUUGUGGUGUCACCGCGUGUCACGUUGUCCUGGCUGCUCACCUGCUGGGCCACACUGGGGUGUGUGUUUACGACGGCUCCUGGUUUGAAUGGUUUAAGAGGGCAAGUCCGGAGCACAUCAUCUCAGAGGGAGAAGGACAGAAGGUCUGAACAAACCACAGCAGACAGACAGCAUCUGAAGAGGUUUUUCACAAGGGGAAGCUCUUGAAAAAUAUACACUUUCUUUAUAGAAUCAUAUAUGGAGGUUGUAUUCUUAUAAACAAUUUACAAUAAAUGGUUGCCUGAG